UGUAAAAUCAACUAUGAAUACCGUGGCCGAAGAAUCUAAAGUUGCGUACAAUUACCUCGGGCGUUCUGGCCUGAAGGUGUCCAACCUCACUUUGGGAUGCAUGACAUUUGGAGUAGCAUCGGCAGGUUUACCUGGGCAGUGCGACGAGGAAUCGUCACACAAAGUUAUAGACCGCUACGUCCAGUGGGGUGGCAACGUCUUGGAUACGGCAAACGUCUACUCUGACGGCUUGUCAGAAAAUAUCAUAGGGUCAUGGCUGUCUAAACAAUCAAGAGACGAUUUCGUGGUCGCCACCAAAGUGCGAGGUCAGGAGAAACCAGUACGUGUUGACAAUCGAGGCCUGAGCAGACGACAUAUCGUGCACGCGCUGGAGGGAAGUCUGGAACGACUCAAAACUGAUUAUGUUGAUCUCUACCAGAUGCACCUCUGGGAUGACGCGACCCCUAUCGAGGAGACACUGCGCACGCUCGACGACCUGGUGCGUUGUGGGAAGGUUCGCUAUGUGGGAGCCAGUAACGUGGUGGGUUGGCAGCUUCAGAAGAUAGUGGAUCUCACCGAGAAGAUGGGAUUUAAUCCCUGUGUUAGUCUACAGCAACAAUACAGUCUUGCUGUACGCGAGUGUGAGUUUGAAGUUUUUCAAGUCUGCAAGCAAAAUGGAAUUGGCGUUCUGCCAUGGAGUCCUCUUAAGGGGGGUUUGUUGUCUGGCAAAUACCAACGAGACACCAAGCCGUCAGAGGGUCGUAUUGGCUGGGUUAUGCAGGACGAACCCAAGAGAGCCACCCAGGCGUGUCCGGCAUGGGGGCAGGUGUCCGCUCAAGACAGGGUCUGGAACACACUGGACGUUAUGAAGAGUUGUGCAACUAAGCACGGUAAGUCGGUGGCCCAGGUAGCUCUGAGGUGGCUGCUUCAGAAGGACGUCGUGUCCUCGGUGGUGAUCGGUGCCCGAACUCUUGACCAGCUGGAUGACAAUAUGGGCGCCGCUAAUGGCUGGAAGCUCACACACGAGGAGAUGACUCAGCUGGACCAGGCUUCACAACCGGAAGUGCCCUACCCAUACGAAAUGGUGUGGCGACUGAACAAAGAUCGAUGCAACACAUUUGUACCAUCUUUCUAUGUUGGCAACACGUGUUGAUCAUGUCGUAGAGCCGCAUUUCAAUAAUCAGAGAGUGAAUACAGCAUACAGUCCAAGUGCUACAUCAGUUAAUAAUUCUUUUAAAUAUCCAUACUAUUGAUAAUUUAUUUCCUAUAUUACGGAUAUUCAGUGAUCUCGACUUUUAAUAUCAUAUAUAUUUUUUAUGUUUUGGGUGGGUUUUUUGUUGUUGUGUUUUUCACAUAUAAUGAGAAAAUGUUUACUACUUGUGCUAUAUUAAUAGUACAUAAUUGGUGUUAUCAUUUCUAUUAUAAUUUUAUAUACUGUUACGUAGAUCAGUAUUUGGAAACAUUAUUCUACUGAACUGCUGGAAUAAACCUGUCAUAUGUAAAAAUAAUUAUCUUCGUAUCAUGAGAAAUUGUUACGUGUGUAGUGCAUUAUUUAUGUAUUAAAGGGACACACCCUAGUUACGGCUAGUUGUUAACCAUUACGGCGUUGUUUUUCGCUAUUAAACCCAUUUUUCACAAAUAAAAUUGCACUUUACUUACCGUUUAUU